GCACCAUCGCGAUAAGGUCGUCGCACGCAUUGAAUUCCCCUCCUUGCGCUAGGCUGUGCUAUGCUGAGAUAGUUUCAAAGGUCGUUGCUGCAAGAUGCGAUCACUUCUGACUCAGGCGGCUGUGACGCUGCGGCGAGGGGGAACAUGGAUCACCCUCUCCGGCUCCGCUGCACCUCUUUCGACACGGUUGGGGCUCACAGCCUGGUCCGAGGCGGCACGUACUAUUUCUCGUCCAGGCGGCUAUGACCUUCGACCAUUGCGGAGUAUCAGCAGCAGCAGCACCAUCAGACGUGCCGAUAUAGACACCCAGAUAGAUACAGAAACCGCGUCCAACCAGCAGAGCACCGAACAUGCUGUCGUAUCGUUCGCCGAUCUUUUUUCCAUCGGCAUCGGUCCAUCCUCGAGCCAUACGAUCGGCCCCAUGCGAGCAGCGGGUAUCUUCAUCUCGGAUCUCAAGAGAGAGAAUCUGCUCAACAAAGUCAGAAGCAUCAAAGUGUCCCUCUUUGGGUCACUUGCAGCCACAGGUGAAGGGCAUCAUACACCUCAGGCGCUCCUUUUGGGACUAGAAGGUGCCGAUUGCGAGACAGUUGACACAUUCUCAAUCGAGCCCAGAUUCGAGGCGAUCAAGAGGAACGGUACAAUCGUGCUGGGCAAGGACACGGAAGGCGAUCUGGCCCAAGAGGUCACGUUUGUGUACGACAAGGACUUGGAGUGGCACUGGGACAAACGCCUGCCGCUUCACUCAAACGGUAUGCGAAUGACUGUCUUUGACCAGGAAGGCGAUUUGCUAGCGGUCAACGACUAUUACUCCAUUGGCGGAGGCUUUGUUGUCAAUGGUUCGAUGGCGACAGCCAGCUCUCCUGCAGGUAUGAGCCCUGCCUUGCCUGCUUCUGUCGAGGAUAGGGACGAGGUCAUGGAAGCCGAAACAGGCUCCUUGCAAGUUCUCUCGGAAGACGCGCACUCUCACCCAGUGGACCUCGCUGAGAACGUCUUCUAUAAAGAGAUUGACCGCAAACACGCCAGCUCGGAUCGUCGUCAUGGUCAGACGGCAGCAGCCAACAAGGACGUGUCUGCUCUGAUCCCAGCCGAGAAUGCGCCGGCUUCGUCAAGCCCCGAGUCUAGCAUCCCAUACCCCUUCAAAAACGCAGCAAGCUUGCUAUCGCUGUCGAAGCGACAUAAUUUGACCAUUGCGCAGAUUGUUUUCCAGAACGAGCGUACUUGGUACACACCGGAGCAGAUUCGCGAAAAGCUCUUCCGCAUAUGGCAUGUCAUGGACAAUUGCAUUCGAGAAGGGACUCACGCGCCCGAGGGCGUCUUGCCCGGAGGGCUGAACCUCAAGCGUCGCGCCCCGCGACUCUAUCGGGGCUUGCUUCGUGGUUUCUAUCCCGGGGUUGCCGCUCCAAGCUCUAACCCAGAGGAUCCAACACAACUCUUGCCACCAUCCUCAGAAGACGGGCCCUUCUUGUUAUCAAGAAAUGGCGGUAGUGAGGAUAGCACCAACAGUAGCAGUGCUACUGUCUUCAGACCCCCGCCUCCACCGCCCGUCCGGGUCAUCCGUGGCGACCUCUCCCAUCCGAUCAUGCCGGUGCCGCCCAAGCGAACAGUCUUUCCCGCCAUGGACUUUCUAUCCACAUACGCCAUCGCUGUCAAUGAAGUAAACGCAUCCGGUGGGCGCGUGGUGACAUCUCCGACGCUUGGCGCGAGUGGUGUGAUUCCAUCCGUGCUCAAGUACCAUCUCGAGUUCAUUUCAGACGACCCAGAUCGGGACGUUCAGACCUUCUUGCUCACUGCAGCCGCCGUCGGAAUGCUUGUCCGCCGCGGCGCGACAAUUUCAGCCGCGGAGGGCGGCUGCCAAGCAGAAGUGGGUGUGGCGUGCUCAAUGGCAAGCGCCGGCUUGGCCGCCGUGCUUGGCGCCCCGCCGGAGAUCAUCGCCCAAGCUGCAGAGAUCGGACUGGAACAUAACCUUGGGCUCACGUGCGACCCUAUCCACGGCUUGGUGCAAGCUCCGUGUAUUGAGCGCAAUGCGCUCGGCGCCGUCAAGGCCGUCAAUGCUGCUCAGCUUGCGCUGGCAGGAGACGGGCAGCACGCUGUCAGCCUGGAUAAUGUCAUCGAAGCGAUGCGACAGACAGCACGGGCGAUGCACACGCACUACAAGGAGACCUCAAAGGGCGGUCUGUCCGCCGUCAUCAAGGUCCCUGUCGCAGUUCCAGCUUGUUGAUUAUUGCGUAUAAUUGAGAUAGAAUGAAGGGCAGUUGAGUUUAGUUCGGGCCAAUGCGGCAUGCCGAAUUGGAAAGAUCAUAAGGCGGCAACUUCUUGAUUCAGGUACAACGACGGAUCUCAGCAGUGGGUAAUGGCAAAUGCGUCUCAGCUCGUGUCACGCAAGUCGCAGCUGGGGAGGUCAUCCAUGUACGCCGAGGCAGGAAAUACAGACACUGGUCCUUGAU